AUGUUAAAGUUCGCUUUAGUUCUCGCUCUGGCGGUAGUAGUUUCGGCCCAAUGGGAAGAUGGAUACGGAGGUCACGAUCACAAAGAUUAUUACGCCUAUCCAAGGUAUAAGUUUGAGUACGGUGUUAAGGAUCACAAGACCGGAGAUAAUAAGCAACAAUGGGAACAUCGUGAUGGGGAUGUCGUGAAGGGUCAAUACUCUCUACAUGAACCUGAUGGUACCGAACGUAUUGUGGAAUACACUUCCGAUAAGCACAUUGGCUUCCAAGCGCACGUGAAGCGAGUUGGUCACGCUCAUCACCCACAGGUUUAUGGACACUAUGAGGGAGGAUACGGAGGAGACUCAUCGUAUGAGAAACACGGACAUGGACAUGCCAGCAGUUAUGCUAAUUCCAAUCUAUUUGUACACCACUAA